AUGAUUUGUGGUUGGAUAAUGCCAACAUCAAAACGCAAUUGGUGUGCACAUCCGUGCCAUUUGGAAACAUCACCUGAUGGAAAGAAGCAUUUGACGAAAAUCGGACAGAGACCUAACUAUCCUUUAGGAUCUCGGCGAAUGAAUUCAGCUCUUCUGAAAAAUAUUAACGGAACAUGCUUGAGCAUAUUGAAGGAUCCAUCGAUGAUGUGGAGUGAAAAUCAUUCGUUAUGUACGAAAUGUUAUGAGAAAGAAGUUAGUGGCUUUGAAUUAGCUGAACAUGAAGGGAUAUAUACGGAUAAUCAGGAAAUUCUUAUGUAUGAAAGUUCUGACGAUGAUGGCGACAAAGAUAUGAAAGAUGUAUCAGAGCUUAUAGACGUUAAGCGAGAUUAUGCCAUAGAAAAGCUCAAUCAAGUAUUCGAGUUGUUUCAACUUGGAUCAGUCAUUCCACGAAAUACUGUUCAGACAGAGGAGAAAAUCGAUGAAAUUUAUUUGAUCCUCCAAGAUCGGCUUAGCCAUCUGACUGCUAAACCAAAGGAAAUUAUAACAACAGAAAAACUUUCAUUGCUUGGUUUGUCGAUUUCUGAACUUGAAGAUUUUAUCUAUCGGUUCCGUCGUCUGUUUAAUAAAAGCAAUUAUGAUGAGCAGGUAUUGCUUAUGCAAACAGCUCCAAUCGAGUGGGGAUGGAAAAAAAUUGAAAAUGAUUUAUCAAAACGAGUGGAUGGUCGCGGCAACAAAUUAUUUGAUUUCAAGACAGCUAAAUUCAUUCAAGAGUUUUAUCUCGAUGAUGAAAUCAGUCGUCAGUCGUCCUAUACUAAAGAUACUCGAAAACCCAAAAGUAUCGGCACAGUUGUUAUCCGAUAUAUGACGAUGUCUAUUGGUGAAACAUAUGAACUAUUUAAAAGCAGAUAUCCUAAUUUAAAAGUCAGCCGCUCAAAAUUUCAUUCUUUACGACCAAGUUGGGUGCGAGAAGAUACACCUCAUCAGGUUUGUAUGUGUAUUCAACACCAAAAUGUCGAACUUUUAUUAACAGCUGUAAGUAGAACUUUGCAGUAUCGAUUAAGUGCAAGUGAGUUGGUCGAUAAAACAGUUUGUACGAACCCUUUUGAAAAUUGCUACAACUGCCAGUGUGAUAACUGCUGCAAUACCAGUGUAUCUAGCCUGUUUAUGGCUAACCCUGAUGAUAUUGAUGAAAAACCCGAUACUAAUUGGUCACUAUGGACAACUAAUAAUAAUCAUGUUGAAUUACAACAUUUUAAUGGAGCUUCUCGCUCUUUGAUUGAUCAACUAAAUGACCGCUGGCCAUUAGGGGUGGGCCAUUAA